AUUCUUUUAAGAAAAACAAUUAUUAUUUCAAUUUUUAUAAUAUAAAACCUGUUUUGUUUUUUUAAAAAGAAAUAUUUUUUAUAAAAAUAAAAAAUUAAAACUAUUUCUAUCUUAAAAUAAACAAACCCAAAAAAAUUUUAUUUUUUUAAUAAUAAAUUAUAUUAUUUGUAAAUAAUUUUUUAAUAACAUCAACAACAAUAUAAAAAAAAAAGAAAAAAAACCAAUUUUUUUAUUUAUUAAACAAGUGUAAUAAUAAAAAAAAAUAAUAGUAAUAACCAUAACAGUAAUAAUUUUUUAAAAAUGAAAGAUUCAAUUGUUAUACCAACUGUAAAUUUAGCAAAUUUAUCAAACAUCAACAAAUCGCCAACAUCAUCAAAUCCAUGUUCUCCACAUACUAAAAUUAUGGUAUCCACUCCAUACGAAUUUGAUGGAUGUAUGUUGUGUGUUAACGGUACUCCAAGUUGUUUACAAAAGAGAAGAGCCACAUGGACAUUAAAACUUCGUGUUGCACUCUAUUGCCUCAGUGUUUUACACCCAGAAAAGAAAUAUUUUAACUUAAAGAAAGAUAUCUAUACCUAUGUUGACUCUCACUGGGACCACUUAUCAAUAAACACUGCCAAAUCCGAUCGUUGGAGAAAACAAGUUCAAGAUUCACUCUCACAUUGCCGUCAUUUUGAAAGUGGUUGGGAUGCAAUGGGUUGUAAUGGUCAUUGGAGACUCAUCCAACCAUUAAACCCAUGGGCCUUACCACCAGAUAAGGAAGGUUCAAUCUAUGAUGACGAAGAAAGCUCAGGUGGUAUUUGUUUAACCCCAGAAGCUGGUUUAUCACCACGUACAACUAAAAGUCCAAGAGAAGAUCCAUUAUAUAGAAAUUUCCCAAAAAGAAGACCAACACAAACCGCACAACAACAUCAACAACAACAACAACAAUCUGUAAAUAAUGAUAGUGAAGAAAUUGAAAAUAGAAAAAGAAAAGCAAAUGAUGAAGAACGUUUCACUGAAGAAGAAUUAUUAUUACUUAAAUACAGUCCUAUGAUUUUCUCUGAUACCCCAUCACCAAAAUGUAGAACCCCAAGAGGUAAUAAUCCAGCAAGCAUUUCUUCUGCUAACUCAUCAACCACUAGUCCAUCUAUAAUCGGAAACUCACCAUUGUUAACUGCUGCCGGUGUCCACUUUUCUUUAUCGAAUUUCAACAAUAACUUAAAUUUAAAUGGUCCAAUUCACACUCCACCACAACAAUCAAUCAAUAACAACUCCUCAAUUAAUAAUAUUACAAUUUUAGAUAAUGGAAAUUCUUCUCCACCAUACUCUUCACCAUCUUUACAAUCAAACUCUAAUACCACACACUCACCACCAAUCCCAGCCAAUCCUUUCAGUCCAUGGAAGAAUAAUGGUGGAUCAAAUAGCAAUAAUGUAAAUAGCGCUGGUAACUCACCAUCCAAAAGCCCAUCUCUAUUUGGUUCAAAUGGUAUCGAAGAUUUCAAAGUUUGUCCAUUACCAAACCCAUUCGGCGGCAACAAUUAUAAGGUCAACUCCCAAACCACUCCUGGUUUCACAGUUAGCAACAAUAGCUCAUUAAAAGUUCCUUCUGAAUUAUUAAAAUCCUCAAUUAUUAAUAAUCAUUUGACCCAACAAGCAGCCGCCGCUCAACAACAACAAGCCUCUCAGCAACCAAACAACAAUUCUCCAAGUAACAAUCCACCAACCUCCCCAAGAACUGGUGAAAAAUUAACCAAACUUCAACAACAAAAUUUAAUUUUAAAUUGUACUUAUUAGAGAGGGUGGUGUUUAUAAUGGGUUUCGUUUUAUAUGGCGUCGUACAUUGUGAGGUGCAACCAUAGAGCAUGGAUUCCGUUUUAAAAUUGCGUAAAGAAAUUUUUUUUUUAAUUUUAUAUAGGCGAUAGUUAAAAAAAAAUUUCAAAAUUGUAAAUAUAUUUUAAACAAUCAACUCUAUAAUCAACACACUAUACAUCCAUAUACAAUCAAACUCAUAACUAUUUUAAAAAUAACUAUUUAUAUUUAAAAAAAAGACUGACACAUAAAUCGAUCAUGUUAUGUGUUUUUUUUCUAUAGUUUUUCUUUUAUAUUAUAAUACAUUUUUAAAAUAAUAAUCUGUAAAUUAGUAAAUAAAAAUAUAUAAUAAAAUAAUCUAAUAAUAAUAAUUAUAAUAAUGCGCUAAAUAAUAAUAUCACUUGUUUUAAAAAAUAAAUUAAAAAAAAAAAAAAAAAAAAUAAUAAUAAUACAAAAAAGAUUCUUCAAUCCAACACUUAACUAUUUUUUAUCAAUAUCCAAAUAGUUAUAUCAAUACAUAUUAAUAUACCAAUAAUUAAAUGUAUAGCUAGCACAGAUAGAUUUAAAUUAAAUCUAUCAUAAUGUGUCUUAUAUUUUACUUCAAAAAAAAAAACCAAAAAAAAAAAAAAAAAUAAAUAAAAACUUAAAUUUAAACU